AUGAGCCUCACCCCAUGCAAUUCAAGCAAGCUGGAAAACGCAAAAGCCGUUCAAACAGUCAAGAACAAGUUCUACAACGGACACUUCUUGAGCGUCGUGGAACCGGCGAAGCGACGAUCAAGCGCUCGAGACAAUCUGGACGAAGAGCAAAAGGGCAGUGACGAAGAUAACGAGGAUGCUACACCUCAAGUCUUUUGGCGAGCGAGCGCCAAUGCAGUCGAAGGUACUGACUUGUCUGAGCCGACAAAGUUUGGAGAUGCUGUUGGUGGACCAGAUCAAGUGCAUUGGCGUAAGGCAAUCUGUGCCGAGUUGGACUCAAUGAAACUUCGUGGCGUGUUUCGAGCGACCAAACUGCCGUCUGGACAGCAUACCAUUGGCACCAAGUGGGUAUUCAAGAUCAAACGGAAAGCUGAUGGAUCCAUCGAGAAAUACAAGGCGCGUCUCGUGGCAAAAGGGUUCAAGCAGAAAUAUGGCAUCGACUACACGGAAACGUUUUCGCCGGUAGUCAAGUACGUGACGCUGCGCAUAGUGGUUGCAAUCACGAAGUACUUUGGCUGGACACUGGACCUACUGGACGUGGUGACAGCUUUCCUUUACGGAGAAAUGAAGGAAAAGGUAUUCUGCGCGAUCCCAGAAGGGGUCGAAGUUGAUGAAGACUUUGACUGCUUUGAACUGGUCAAGGCGACCUACGGACUAAAACAAGCAUCGCGCGCAUGGAACGAGACUUUUCAUGAUGGCGAGUGCGUGCUUUUGCUGGUAUACGUCGAUGAUGUGUUGGUGACUGGCAGCUCAACCGAACUGAUUAUGCGCACCAAGAGUGACUUAAAGGCGCGUUUCGAAAUGACUGACAGCGGCAAGUGCGCAUUUGUGUUGGGAAUCGAGCUGGUGGACAACGACAGCGGUAGCGUGACGAUGUGCCAGCGACGCUACGUGGAAGAUGUUCUCAAGCGUUUUGGUAUGAGCGACUGCAAAGCCGUCACCAGCCCAACAGACAUCAGUUCUCGACUCAUACCAAGUACCGCAGCAACUAAAAUCGACGCCCCGUUUCGUAAAGCAGUAGGCGCUCUGAUGCACUUGAUGACCGCGACACGACCGGACAUUGCCUUUGCUGUGAGUUACGUUACGCGCUUCAUGGAUAAUGUUGUAACUUGA